GAAAAAACAAAACAGAAAUUAGUUAACACAUCGUUUCAUGUACUCAAUGAUCCUUAUGAACACUGACUUUCAGUUGUUUUUCAGUUGUUCGCUUUAGCUUUUGUGUCAAUUUCAACAAAGACCCCCUUUCCCCCCCUUGGAGAAUGUGGCUAUCAUCUUUGGCACUCUCCAAACUUCCAGUUUUGAUGUGACCAUAAAGUCCAACUUAAGUCUAACCUCUGAGAGGUACAUGUAUGGACAUUGUAGAUGAAAGAAAUGCCUUUUACUGGUGCUAAAUUUGGAUACCAGUUUGUGUUACAUUCUAUAGAUGACAGUUUAAGUUUAGAAUGAAGUUUAAAUGUGAAAUCUGCACAUUAAUCUAAGUCCAUCUCUAUGUGCAGACCACUAUUUCACAUUUAUAUUAUCAAAAAAAUCUUGCAAUUUAAUUGAUGAAACCACUUAAGGCUAAACAAAAAAAAUUCUGCCAUAAAUACCUAACAUCAAAAAGUACAUGAAUAUAACAAAAAUAAUAAUGAUUUUCAAGGGUGGACAAAGUAGGCUAACUCUUAUUGUCUCAUGUUUGAAAUUGCUUAUGCCAGUGUCAAACAACUUUACCACACAACUGAAACACAGUUACUACAGGAGUCAUUCUAGUAUAAUGACUACGGGGUGGGGUCUAAUCUAAAAUCAAACAAUAGUUUUUGUUUUUUUCUUCUUCCAAGCUCUAGUCUAUCAUAACUGACCACCAGACUACACUGAACUACUAAGCUAACUUACAAGGCUUCCUCAGCGAGAUCAUGCUGUAAUUGCCCUAGGUCAAACUUCUGUUUGCUGAUAGUGCUGAAGAUAUUCAAAUCAGGAAGAAUGUGAGUUAAUUAGUAAUCAAUUCUCGCGUAUUACCCACCCAAAAGAAGACCUGGGGACACAAAAUGACUCAGAUUUUAUUGACUUUGCAUACAGUGAAACGUGUUUCCUUUUUGCUUUACUGUCCAUCCAAGUGUCCGUCCCACUUCAACUUUCGUCACUAAACGCCUUCUAAAAUUUCGUAUAACGUUUAUCUACGGGCCACAUGGGGACACCCAAAGCGCCUCGAUUUGAUGGAGAAAGCCGUGAUGAAGUAAUCCUCGUUAAAACAAUCAUUUUAAUGCCACCCACUGCUGACUGCUACGUAAAUAACCACGAAAGCAUGCUUACUUAGAAAGCUAGCUUCAGAGGCCAGCAUGUCGCAUCGUUGAUUUGUUGAUUUAACGCCUUCAAAGAUACCAGCAAACUCGAGAAAAGAAGACCUAGUUGGAAAGUUACAUAUGAGAACUGAAAGUAGAGUUUCCUGUUGAACUGGAUUAUGGAUGAUGGUGUCAACUACAGCUUGCUCAAAAGACCUUAUGAACCAUCUGUGAUUAGGACACCUCAGGGGACCCAGACCUGGAAGCAACAGAGAUGGUGAACACAUGACUAUUGUAAGCACUUGGCUUUACUAAUGGCGCACCCUCAGGGAGUGUGGAAGAGCCUGAGCAACGGUUUUGGAAUGAAGGACUCUCCGUUUGAGGGCCCCUGCCUUUCUCCGACCAUAGUCCAGGGCUAUCCCUGCCAGCGUCGCUCCUCAGAUGACAGCAAGAUGCCCGACUCAAAGGCUAGCAGCACUAUCCGUGUCUACCUCCCGAACCAGCAACGCACUGUGGUAAACGUGCGACCAGGUAUGACUCUUUACCACUGCCUGAUUAAAGCACUGAGGGUGCGGGGCCUGCAGCCUCAGUGCUGCGCUGUCUUCAGGCUGAAUUCAGGACAGGGGAGUAGAAAAUCACGGAUGGAUUGGAAUACCGAUUCCACUUCACUAAUUGGGGAAGAGCUGCAGGUGGAGGUUUUAGAUCACGUCCCCUUGACAACGCAUAAUUUUGUUCGCAAAACAUAUCUGAAACUAGCGUUCUGCGAUAUUUGCCAGAAGUUCCUUCUGAAUGGUUUCCGUUGCCAAACAUGUGGCUACAAAUUCCAUGAGCAUUGUAGCACCAAAGUGCCCACAAUGUGUGUGGACUGGAUCAAUAUCAGGCAACUCUUAUUGUGUCAAACGCCCGGCGAGUGCAAUGCCCCGUCUGUGCCACCGCCUUCGUCCCGGCGUAUGAGAGAGUCUUUAACGCGGCUUCCAAGCUCAGCCUACCGUUAUUCCACCCCUCAUGCCUUCAACUACGCACCACCCACUGGUGGCGGUCUCUCCCAGAGGCAGCGCUCCACUUCUACACCAAAUGUCCACAUGGUUAGCACUACUCUGCCUGUAGACAGCAGCGUGAUCGAGCUAGACUGCCUGAAUACCUCCCCCAGCUCCUGGUGCCAUAGAUUCUGGCUGAAGAGGAAAGUAGGUAUUGUGCACUUCUCCCAGUCUUUUGUUGAGGCCUCACCUGAGAGUCCAGAAAAGGAUGCAAUGCGUGAUCAUGACUCGGCGGGGAGUUCACCCAACCAGAGUCCUACAGGCUGGACCCAAUCCCAAUCCAAAACUCCUGCACCUGCCCAGCGAGAGAGGGCCCCAUCCCUCAACACUCAGGACAAAAUUAAAAUAAGGCCUCGGGAUAAGCGUGACUCCAGUUACUACUGGGAGAUUGAGGCCAGUGAGGUUUAUCUGCACUCCCACAUUGGUUCCGGCUCCUUCGGAACUGUAUUCAAAGGAAAAUGGCAUGGUGAUGUAGCAGUAAAGAUUUUAAAGGUGACAGACCCUACACCAGAGCAGUUCCAGGCAUUCAGAAAUGAAGUGGCAGUCCUCAGGAAAACACGACAUGUCAACAUCCUGUUGUUCAUGGGUUAUAUGACUAAGGACAACCUGGCCAUUGUGACACAGUGGUGUGAGGGUAGCAGCCUCUACAAGCACAUACAUGUCCUGGAGACAAAUUUCAAGAUGAUCCAGCUCAUAGAUAUUGCCAGGCAGACUGCUCAGGGCAUGGACUAUCUUCAUGCAAAGAACAUCAUUCACCGAGACAUGAAAUCAAACAACAUUUUCUUGCAUGAAGGGCUAACAGUAAAAAUUGGUGACUUUGGUCUUGCUACGGUGAAAGCAAGGUGGAGUGGCUCACAUCAGGUCGAGCAGCCUUCUGGAUCCAUUCUUUGGAUGGCUCCUGAGGUUAUCCGGAUGGAGGAUAAUAAUCCUUACAGCUUCCAGUCUGAUGUCUAUUCCUAUGGAAUUGUUCUCUUUGAGCUCAUGACGGGAGAGCUCCCAUACUCCCAGAUAGGAAAUAGAGAUCAGAUUAUCUUCAUGGUGGGAAGAGGCUAUCUAUCUCCAGACCUCAGCAAGCUCUAUAAAAACUGCCCCAAAGCCAUGAAAAGGUUGGUGGCUGACUGCACCAAGAAGUCCAAGGAUGAGAGGCCACUCUUUCCACAGAUCUUGUCCUCCAUUGAGCUUCUCCAGCAUGCCCUCCCUAAGAUAAACCGCAGUGCCUCAGAACCGUCCCUGCACAGAGCCACUCACACUGAGGAUAUUAAUGCCUGUACUCUCACCAGAGUGCCUGUUUUUUAGAGGCUCAGACAGCACUACCCUUCCUCCUCGGCUUCCGCUCACCCACCUCCUCUGCCUCAUCGACUUAUAUGAAUUAGCUCAAACAUUCAGUAUUCCCAAAUUCUCCAUAAAGAUGCUAAUGUAGCUCGACAGAUACAUAUCCAGUCAUACAAGACAUAAAUUACAUACAUACAUGCUAAUCAGUAAAUUGUGUAAGAAAAAGAGGAGAGAGGGAAGUGCAUCUGCAACUACGGAAGGGAUUGAUUAGUGUUGGAUUGCAUUUGGAUGUACACAUGAAGAGGAUGGCAUAAGAUACGUCAAGGUGAUGUCUUGGUUAUCACCAUAUAUAUUUUAAAUGUAUGCCAGGGCUUCAUGCUGGCAUUGGAUUUGGUAUAACUUGUAAAUAAAUGCACGCACACCUACCUAAGACAACCAUGAAUGGACAUUGAAGAAAGCUCAAGACAGAUGUUUCUCUCAGUUUGGGCUCUGUGAUGUGAAGCCUGUUCUCCUACCAGAAUGUUCUGUUCUCUGAUGAAAAGGACUUUUUAAGCUUACCUGCCUUAAGAGGAAAUGAAGCCUGGAUUAAGAUCCUGCACAACUUCACCUCCUCCUGUUAUCACAAAGCAGUUGGAUGUAGUCCAUUUAGUUGCACAGUAGUAGUUGAUUUAUGUUUUUAUUUUUUUGCGUUGUCUUAAAUGAUAAUGGAGUAGACGUGGGGGGAUUUUUGUCUUUGUGUUGUUGUUGACUUCUUUUAAUUGUCUUUAUUUUUUGGGGUCCUUUUGGAUGAAUUAUAGUCUGUCAGACAGCUGGCAUAUGUGAUGUUGGAUACAUGCACAUUCUUCAAAGCAAAAACAAUGGAUAUGUUUCAGCAGUCUGCACAAAGGUGUCAUACCGAUACCCACACGUCUUUAUCACUUCUUACAUUGUUAGGUUAUGAUGAGCUGGACAUUAGGCAGUUGUCUUAAAUAUUUAAAAUUCUUUGGAAACUAAUUUGUAUUUGGUUACCAUGUCACUUUCAGGCAGUUAAAUGUUUUAUUGUGAACUUGGUGAGA